AUGAAGACUGAAGAAGACAAAUCAAUCCGAGACACGCAUCCAAUCAUAAUUAAUAAAUAAGGGUUUAUCCACCACAUCAUUCUGGAAAAGAGAGAUACUAUGUAUAUACCACAUGUAAUUAUAUGUCAUAAGAAAGAAUUACACUAGAUAUUAGGACAUUAUUUGUUGGCAUAGAGAUAGAGCAAAUAUAAAAUUGAUACAAUUUAGCUAUAAAAAAUACCUCUAACAAUUAAAAGACAAGAAUAAAUGUCAGGACAACGAGAGAUGAAGGAUAAGAAAGAAGAAGAAUAAUCUUAAGAGAUAUGGUAAGUGGAAACCAUGGAUAGAGAUAAUAGAAUAAGAAGAUAUAUGAGAUGUUGAUAUAAGAAGAAAUCCAAGGAUAAACAAAGAUAGUUUAAUAGCGACAAUAACUCUAAAAAAUAUAAAUAGGGCUAAAGAGAAAUUGACAGAAUACACAAUAACGAACUCAACAGCAAAACUUUUGGAAGGGAAGUAAGAUAAGGUUUGUUUUUUAAAGAAUUGAUUCGAGUAGUGGCGAAUAAUAAAAGAGAAAAGGUUAUCACCUAAUUCAAAUAAGAAAGCGAGAUAAAUAGAGAGCUGCCAUAAGAACAAGCAAAAGAUUCAAUGGAUGAACUGGUAUUGAACACGAAACUGAAAAUGAUUGUCAGAUCCCCUCAGUAAAAAUAAAGUAUUAAAAAUCAAGACGAAACAUUUACAAAGUGGAGGGAAGCAUGGAUAAAUAUCAGACCUU